GACACAGAGACAGUCAUGGAGGAUAUGAGAAGAGCUAUACAGAUAGUGCUUGUAUCAGGAAUUUUACUACUUGGUACCAAAGCGUUUGACAAAGAGGGAGAACUGAAGGACAAACUGUUUGAGGAUUACAAUGUCAAUGUACGACCCACAAAAAAACCAGAAGAGAAGGUUACUGUGCAAGUGGGAAUGACACUGUCACAGCUCAUCACUCUGAAUGAAAAAGACGAGGAGCUCAUAACAAAGGUCUACAUGAAUUUGGCAUGGUGGGAUUACCGCCUUUCAUGGAAUCCUGCAUCUUAUGGCGGCAUAGAGUUUCUGCGAAUCGCAUCCUCUGAUGUUUGGAAGCCAGAUAUUGUCUUGAUGAACAAUAAUGAUGGUAACUUUGAAGUUUCAUUAGAAGUAGAUAUUCAUGUUACAUCAACAGGUAAUGUGACGUGGGUGCCACCUGCGCGGUACCAAAGCAGCUGUAGCAUUGAGGUCACAUACUUCCCCUUUGACUGGCAGAAUUGCAGUAUGGUGUUCCGGUCCUAUACAUAUGACGCAGAUGAAGUGACAUUGGUUCAUCCCAGAGAUGCAGAGGGACGGGAAAUAAAACAAACUGUCAUAUUGCCUAACACUUUCCUGGAGAACGGACAAUGGGAUAUCCGACAUCACUCCUCCCGUAAGAACACACUCCCCAUGGAUCCAACAUAUGAAGAUAUCACAUUCUAUCUGGUCAUACAAAGGAAACCGCUCUUCUACAUUGUGAACAUUAUUGUACCCUGCGUCCUGAUCUCGAUCCUGGCUAUUUUUGUGUUCUAUCUUCCUCCAGACGCAGGUGAGAAGAUGACACUGUCUAUCUUCGCUCUUCUCACACUCACUGUGUUCCUCCUGCUUUUGGCUGAUAAAGUCCCUGAAACCUCACUCGCUGUCCCCAUCAUUGUUAAUUAUCUCAUGUUCACUAUGGUUCUCGUCACCUUUUCUGUCAUCCUGAGUGUUGUUGUGCUAAAUUUGCACCACCGAUCCCCAAACACGCACCAUAUGCCCCAGUGGGUGCGGCAGAUAUUUAUUCUUCACCUACCUCGUUAUCUUCGAAUUCGCCGUCCCAAGCAAGAGCAGCCUCUCCCAGUGUUACCUCCCCCUCGUCCAACACACCAUGUGCAGUCACCGCGUCAUGCUGAUGAAUACUUUAUCCGUAAACCUGAAAAUGACUUUAUUUUUCCAAAACCAGACAGACCAUUCUCUCGGGACAUGCGUUGGUUUUAUGGUCCUAGCAUGGGCCUUAAACUCCCAGAGGACCUCCAAUCAGCUAUAAGUGCUAUCAGAUACCUUGCAGAGCAACUACAGGAGCAGGAGGACUAUGAUGCACUGAAGGAAGACUGGCAGUACGUAGCAAUGGUAGUUGAUCGUCUCUUCCUCUGGACAUUUAUCACAAUUACCAGCAUUGGGACUCUAAGCAUCUUCCUUGAUGCCAGCCACAAUCUGCCGCCAGAUGUGCCUUUUCCAUGAUGCCGCCAGAUCACCCCCCUUUCACUGUGCAAACUUUCGUACCCUGUCAUGAAAUAAUUUAUACUACAAAUUGAAAAAAGAAAUAGAAGGUUUUAUAUAUGACAUUAAUUUGAUACUGAGUUAUAAAGCUAAAGAUGUUUCAUUAUUAAAA